GUGAGCGUCUAGACGUCUCCGAAUGAACGUCGUUUAUUGUAUUUUGAAUAUAUGCAAUAAUUUAUUGAAAUUUCAAUAUGCAUUCGAUAGUAUUUAAAAUAUUGCAGUUUCAUUUUAUAUUCGGCGUUGUUUUAACAUUCGCUUUGCCCUUCGAAGGAUUGUACGAACUUGACAUAAUUCAUUACAACGAUUUUCAUGCAAGGUUUGAAGAAACAUCAGUGGAUACGCCGACAUGUCGGUACAACAAUUACUCCUGCCUUGGUGGAUUUCCUCGUCUGUAUACAAAAAUUGAGAUGAUGAGGAAAUUGAAACCAGAUGCAAUACUCCUAAACGCUGGUGAUAGUUUUCAAGGAACUUAUUGGUAUACCCUCUUGAAGUGGAAUGUCACACAGGAGUUCAUGAAUUUGCUGCCGCAUGAUGCUCAUGCAAUUGGCAACCACGAGUUUGAUGAUGGACCCCAAGGCUUGGCUCCAUAUCUCAGGGCUCUGAAAGCGCCGGUUAUAGCAGCUAACAUGGAUACCAGCAAAGAACCAGUCUUACAAGGCCUCUACAAACCACACGUAAUUAUUGAACGUAAGAAGAGGAAAAUAGGCAUCAUAGGUCUUAUAACAACAGACACAAAGAUAUUAUCUACGACGGGUAACGUGGAGUUCACCGAUCCACGUGAGGCUGUGAAACGGGAAGCUAAAGCGCUUAACGACAUGGGAGUUGAUAUAAUAAUUGUUCUCUCGCAUUGCGGCCUUGACGUAGAUAAAGAACUCGCCCGUGAUUAUGGCGAAUAUAUAGAUAUAAUAGUAGGCGGACAUAGUCACUCUUUGUUAUGGAACGGUGCAGCGCCGAGCGGUGAAGAGGUGGCAGGACCGUAUCCUGUCUUCGUUGAGACGAGCGCUAACAAAAAACAUACGGUGUUGAUAGUUCAAGCUUCAGCUUUUACCAAGUAUGUGGGAGGCCUGAUUGUUCAUUUCGAUUUUCGCGGUGACUACGUGGACUGGAGUGGGAGUACCAUAUUUCUGGAUCGAUCUGUACCCGAAGACGAAGCCAUUAAAGCCCGCCUGGCACCGUACGCGGAGAUGGUCCACCAAGCGGAGCAAGAAAUCAUCGGAGAGAGUAAAACUACAUUAUAUUUUGAAAAGUGUGUCUUCGGGGAGUGCGCUCUCGGCGAUCUUUUGGUUGAUUCUUUAACUGAAUUUGGAAAGACGCUACGAUCUGAUAUCAAUUACAUAUCGUUUAUUCAACGCGGUAAUAUCAAGUCUACUAUUCCGAGUGGAAACAUAACCAAAGGAGUAAUAUUCGAACUGUUGCCGUUCAACGAUCGCAUACAAUCAUUCGAAUUACAAGGCAAAGACGUGUUGCUUGCCCUCGAACGAAGUGUUUCCGAGCCCUGGGAGAUGACACCAUUCAAGGGACCUUAUGUUUUGCAGCUGUCAGGUUUACGAGUGACAUACAAUGUGUCUAAGCCAGAAGGGCAAAGAGUGACCUCAGUGACCGUCGGCCACGAGAAGUCUGAUGUGCCAUUAGAUCCUGAAGCUUUUUACCACCUGAUCGUACCAGCUUAUUUAGCUGAUGGUGGUGAUGAAUUUAUGAUGUUUAAAAAUGGAAAAAGGAACGUUGAAGUAGUCGGACGUGAUCAGAAAAUUAUUGAAAAUUAUAUCAAGAAACACACUCCAAUAAAUGUGACAAAAGAUAACAGAAUAGUAAUUAAUAAAUAAGUCACAGAUAAUAACGUUAAAAUAAAUACACUAUAUAUUUAUUCAGGAAACAAAUAAAUAUAUAAUACAUAAUACUAAGAAAAUACAAAAUAUACAAAUCGAAAAUCAAUUAAGUUCCAACUAAUAAUAACUUAAUACAGAUUAAAAAAAUAACAGAAUAUAUUUUAAUGUUUAUUUUCAUAAAUUGAGACAAUUUAAAUAAAUUAUUUUUCGCCUAGUGGUCGAUUAAAUGGUAUAGUAAAAUCUAUAAUAAAAUAAACACUAGCUAUAAUACAACUACCAAACAAAAAAGAAAAAAGAAAAUCGGUACUGUAAAAAGUUUUACACUAUUUUAUCUUUGCCUAUUUUAAAAUAAUUUUAUUAUUAAAAAGCUACAGUUGAGCUGUCUAUUGUAAUUUUUACAAUGCAUGAAAUAUAAUGGUUUCUUUAUAUACUAAGAAUAUUGAUAUGUUGAAUCAAUUAAAUUAAUAACAAUCAUGAUAUAAAAUGUUUGAUCUCGGAAAUGUCUUCGUAAAAGUUAUUGAUUUAGUAUAAAGAUUUAAAAAUAUAUUAAUGAAUUAAAAACAAUUAAAUAAAAAUUGUCGUUAAGUUUUAUUUCGAAAGAUGUUUCAAUUUAGUUUUCGUUACUUGAAGAUGGAUGUUGAAUACUUGGAGUUAAUCUUAUAAGAGGUAGCUAUUUAAAACAGAAAAUAUAAUUUUUUG